ACAUGGUUGUUGUGACUCAAAAACCAAACAGCUCUCAGAUGUUCAGUGGUGAGACGAUCACUCUGACAUGUGAGGUCCAGGGAGGAGAAAGCACUGAGUGGACGUAUGAAUGGAGGAGAUCUGGUUCUGUUAUACACAGCACACCCAGUAAAGACUGGACUUUUAUUGUUUCUGAGUCCAGCAGUGGAAAAUACACAUGUCAGUGUAGAAGCAGAGAUGACUGGUAUUCUUCAACAGAGUGGAGUGAAUCAAUCAUCCUGUCAGUAUCUGAUAAACCCAGAGCCACACUGACAGCAGGUCCAACAGUCAUACCAUUAGGAGGCCAUGUGAUACUGAGCUGCUCUGUACAGACCUCUGCUGGUUGGAAAUACAGAUGGUUCAGACGAACCUCAGACACCUCUGAAGUUCAAAUAGGAAGAAAUAAGAAAGAAAGCAAAGAAAUCACUGUGAGACAAGGAGGAAUCUACAGGUGUGAAGGAGUGAGAGGAAACCCAGACUUCUACACACAUUCAAGCAAUGAUGGAACGAUCAACAUUACCUUUUCCAACAAGGUUGUUGUGACUCAAAAACCAAACUGCUCUCAGAUGUUCAGUGGUGAGACGAUCACUCUGACAUGUGAGGUCCAGGGAGGAGAAAGCACUGAGUGGACGUAUGAAUGGAGGAGAUCUGGUUCUGUUAUACACAGCACACCCAGUAAAGACUGGACUUUUAAUGUUUCUGAGUCCAGCAGUGGAAAAUACACAUGUCAGUGUAGAAGCAGAGAUGACUGGUAUUCUUCAACAGAGUGGAGUGAAUCAAUCAUCCUGUCAGUAUCUGGACCGUCAUCCAGCCCUUAUAAUCCUCUAUUUCCUGUGCUGCUGAUUGUGGGAUCAGUUAGUGGAAUCAUUGUAAUUAUCAUUUUGGCCUUGCUGUGGCGCUCUAGACACCCCAAUGAUCGAUGCUGCAUCAGCGACCACUUCAGUCUAUGA